GGCACGCGACAAGAGUACUCCGUACCAGGCUCUUUGGACAGUCACGUCCAAGAUGGCGGCCGACUGCAACCGUUUCGUCUGUCGUUGUUUUUUUACGCAUAACAUCUUUCUCGAGCAAUAUGAAGCUCAUGUUACGUUUGAGAGUGAGCAGCAAUUCACCAGUCAAUAUAAAAAGGCAUUUUACAACAGAGGAUGUAAUACAGAGGAACAAUGGAAAUCACUACUACGGAAGGUUAAAGAAGAAGUCACCAGGAGAGAAAAACUUGUCGCUGAAUCAAAAAGAAGAAAACAGCAGAUAGCACAAGCUUACUCCCCUCUUCACCCUCACCUAUACAAUCUAGAGGAAUCAUUUUUGAGUGACACUUUCCUGCAAGUUGUCAGAUAUGCCAAAAGAAAUGAUGCGACUGCCAAGGAGUUGGUUUCUAUGCUUGAGGUGUGUCAACAAGGUCUGGAAGUAUACAGACUGCCUGUCUUCACUGAGUCAUUUUGUGAGCAAUUUAUAGAAGAGUUGGAACACUUUGAAUCAUCAGAUGUUCCUAGAGGGAGACCCAACACUAUGAAUAACUAUGGAGUUCUUCUAAGCGAUCUUGGUUUUGACGAACACUUCAUUAACCCUCUGAGGAGAGAAUACCUUCAGCCUAUAACUGCCCUUCUGUUCCCCCAGUGGGGUGGGGAUGGGCUUGACUCCCAUAAGGCAUUCACAGUUCAUUACAUGCCAGGCAAGGAUACUGAGCUAAGCUAUCACUAUGACAACGCUGAAGUAACGCUGAGCGUGUGCCUUGGUAGAGAGUUCUCAGGUGGUGAUCUGUAUUUUGGAGACAUGAGACAGGUUCUCCUUGAGGACACGCAGUGUACUGAAGUUGAGAACAGACCAACUUACGGAUUGUUACACCGUGGGCAGCAAAUGCAUGGAGCCCUGCCAACCACACAGGGAUCCCGAUACAACCUUAUCAUCUGGAUGAGGGCCUCAGCUGUGAGGAACAAAUUGUGCCCCAUGUGUAAUAGGCCUCCACAGCUGGUACAGACAGAGGGGGAAGGGGAUGGGUUUACUUCUGAUGCAGUUGUACAACUUUGUGCAACUCUAUAGAAUAUAUAGAAUUGUAAAAUAAUGACUGAAAAUGAUAAUAUUUAUGUAAAAGUAUGGUCUAGAGAAAUUUUUUUAUAGAGCAAACUAUUAAGCUUAUGUUUGUGAGCUUUCUUUUUAAGUAACAGUCCAGCUAAUAGGUAACUGCAACAAAUGCAUGGAAUGCAAAAUGUACGCUGGCAUGUAGAAAUGUAUUUGUUAAUACUAGAAAUUUGAUUGGCCGAGACACAGAAUUUAAGCAUAAGUUACACUUAAAACAAGAUUUUACCUAAUGUUUUUUAAUAUUUAUUGUUAGGAAUUAUUAUUUUUUUGUAAAAUGACUUAUUAGAGAAAGUUGAAGUAGGUAACCUUGUUAAAAUUGGAAGAGAAAAAAACUAUUGUCCCUGCUCCAUCUGAUUGGUUCAAAACAGAAAAUCACCAAGAUUUAUUAGGGAGCACAUUUUCUGCAUAAUUUCCUUAAAAUCUCACUAUACUUUAUAUGUUCUAGUUGUUCUAGUCUCCCGCGCAGCCAUUCUUUGUGUCUGUCACACAACGCUCUCAUCCAGGAGUGUUGCGUGACCGACAUAGGGAAUGUUGCGUGACCGAUACAAAGAAUGGCUGCGAGGGUGACUAUACAUGUUCUUACCAGUAUGUUUUGUAUAAAAAAGAUCCUAUAUGGGGAAAGCUUUUUGUGACAGAACAAUGGGACCUUGGUUCCUUAUUUCAUGAAUGAAUACAAUAGGAUACAAUAGGGAUGAAGAUCGAAGGACUCAUGGCACCCGAAGAUACAAUAUUGCAACAUUGUUUUUUAUAUCAAAAUUUUGCAACUUUAAAAA